UCUCUUCAAUUCAUCGCCAUUCCCAAAUCUUCUCAGAGCUCAAACUCAAAGCUCUUUCUCCUCCUAGAUUGCUCUUUUUUUUUUCACCUUCACAACCCCCCAAUUUGCCUCUUCAUCCAAAAGGAAACGAACACAGGACGAAUUUUUUGCAGUCCCCGUUUGAAUCCAAUCCCCUCCUCUGUUUCAACUCCAUCCCCUGUUUUUCCCCGUUUCCAUUAGCUUCUUCCAUCACCAGCCAUGGAAGCUCUCCAAGGUCACAACAAUUACAAUCACACAUUCCCUGCUGAUUUAACUGACAUCGGCACCUCCCUCUCCCAGCUCAUACUGAUGGGUGGCGCGGGCUCCAACACUCUCGACUCCGUCUUCUCCUUCUGCAGUCACAACCCAUCACCGCCGCCGCCGGCCAAAACAGAGCCUCUCGGUUCCUCCGUCUACCUCCACCAGCGAGACCUCCUCCGAAAAUUCAGCGAGCAAAACAGACCCACCACCAUUUCCGGCUUCAAUUCGAACAAUUACUCGCUCCAUAGCUUCUCUCCAUUGCAGAGGACCAACCCGGCGUUCGCUCCCGCGACGGCGAAGAAGCUGUACAGAGGUGUGAGGCAGAGGCACUGGGGGAAAUGGGUCGCCGAGAUUCGGCUCCCGCAGAACAGGAUGCGAGUCUGGCUUGGCACCUACGAGACCCCUGAAGCCGCCGCCUACGCUUACGAUCGCGCCGCUUACAAGCUCAGGGGAGAGUACGCGCGAUUGAAUUUCCCCAAUGUCGACGACCCAAUCAAAUUGGGGCUGAUCGACUCGGAGAAAUUGAAUUCGCUCAGGACGGCCGUGGAUGCCAAGAUUCAGGCGAUAUGUCAGAAAUUGAAACGGGAGCGGGCUAAGAAGAUCGCCGCGAAGAAACCCAAUUCGAAUAGCAGCAGCAGUGGACCGAAGGUGGAGGCGAAAUCGCUGUCUCCGUCGCCCUCGCCGUCGUCUUCUUCGUCAACUACGUCGACGGUGGGAACAGAGUGGACGGUAAAGGCCCUGGAGGAAGAGAUGGCGAUGGACGGUGGUGGGUGUUCGCUGGCGAGAAUGCCGUCUUACGAUCUGGAGUUGAUAUGGGAGGUUCUGGCUAACUGAAGAUCGCCAUUGUCAGGGUAAUUACUAAUUAGAGAGGAGAGGAAUGUAAAAGGUGUGAUUUUUGGUUGCAGAGUAGCGAGGAUUGGAUGCAGGGGAGAGUUAAAAUUUCUCUUCGUUGUACUAUUGGUGUGUGUUUGUGUUAGGCGACGGGGUGUUUUUUUUUCCACUUUUUACUGGGCAGUAAGUAUAUUGGCCUUGUUUUUUACCCGAGGUCAUUUGUACCUUCAGUAGGUUUUCAAGCGUUUAUAAGCUAUAUUUGCUCUAAUAAGUAUGAUUUUUUUUUAUUAGGACUGUUAAUAUCGGUGGUAAUAUCACUUUAUUUUGAUGGUCUUGUCCAUCUAAGUCCUAAAUUGCCAGGGUGUUUUUGUUGAACCUUCCAAAUUUGAGCAAGUGGGACAAAAUGUAAUUUUUUACGGUAGUUUUAUAAGUUAUAGCAAUUCAUUUUCUUUAACUUGAAUAGUUGUGAUAUGCAAUAUGCUUAAUUUCUUAUAUGAUUUUUCACGAGUUUAUUCAGACAAAAAUAUUUAUUCAUUAAACUCAAUACUCAAUAUUUACAUGAAAACAUCGAAUUUCUCAAAAGGUAUGCAUUUCAAACUCCGAUGCAAUGAGAAGUUAACUAACCACAUUUCACUUCAUCGCGAUUCCACCUCCAAAAAAGUUUGGCAUGCAUCACACCCUUUUUCUUUCUUUGCAUAUGCAAACCAACUAUGGUUUAACGUGAUCCUCAUAUGUCAUACUAUGAGUCUACGGCUGCAACCUCUUUCUUCCUGUAUAUUGCGCGAUCGAAGUCGAUAUGCAUCUUUCUUUGCAUAUGCAACUAUCUAUGAUUUAACGUAAUCCUCAUAGGUCACACUACGAGUCUACAGCUGCAACCUUUUUCUUCCUGUAUAUUGCACGACCGAAGCCGAUAUGCAUUUGAAUCGAGUGGAAUGAUGGAAUUUCGAGAAAUCGUUGGAAGCCUAUUUCUAAUUUGGUUUUACAAAAUUGUUAGGCAUGGGCUUCUAUUUGAAAUAGGCUUUCCAACGAUUUCUAGUGACCUAAACUAGGACUAUUCAUUUUGGCACGGUUUGAAAGUCUCCAGCCUAUAGUAUGGGGCAUGAAAUGGGUUUUUUUUUCGGCGAUCAAACCCCUUCUCCUCCAUGGCACUCGUUCUUGGGAUGAUCAUCACCAGUUGCCAAAGGCGACUUUCGUACCAGUUCCCAUCCAUUCUGCAGCAAAAUUGGCAUCUACAAUCGGGCAAAUCAGCCAUGGAUGGCUUAUUUGUAUAGCUUUUCGGCUUAUUCAUGGCGGUUGAGUGGUCCAGAGGCGUGGUUCCUCCCAUCACUGGUUUUUUUUCUUUUGCAGAUUAGUCGAAAACCAGUAGCUGGAAGAUAAUACGGAUAAUGGGAUGAGGAGGACUUUCACUAGCUCUUCGUCCAUUAGGUUUGACUCUUUUUGUGUUGUUUUCUUGAGGUUUUGGGAACAUAUUUUUGGUCCACAUGUAACCGACCAUCAAGCCACGGAAAGUCCAAACUUGCGGUUUUCACAAUAGUUUGUGACUAAAUAUUGUUAUCUCGUAUUAAUGACUCAUUUGAAAUAUUUGAUUCUAAAUAUUGUAUUUUUUUAUGAUAUAAAUACAUGUAUUUUAU